AUGAGCUCUGGCACAUCCCCGCAACUGGGGAAUCUUGACCUUGAGACCGAUGGAGCUUCCCCGUGGGGCGAUGAGAGAUCUGAGGAUGUUGCCCAAGCACCCGAAUCACCAACCGCCGCCACCGUCAGUCAGGAUACUAAAGAUGCGGAAACAGAACAGCCCCAAACCCCUACUGUAAAAACUUCUACUACUCGCCGCAAUCCUCGUCGUCCAGGCCGCCAUGUGGCCCGUGUGGAGGCCAUCGACGACGACCUUGGUCCACUCGGCCCAUUAGGUGAUAAUUUUGCUGUUACCGACACCCCAGAGGCAUCUUCUGGUCCAUCAAAACACCUUCACGAGACACCCCCCGAACCGCCACAGAAGGAGGAUUCGCCGAGGGGUUCCAGAGUUAUCUCCGGCGGUACAGCUUCGCGGACAAUGCCGAGAGGGGAAACUAUGGAGAGUGUUUCUUUGGAAGAUGAUGAAACAGAGGCCUAUACUGGCCCCCCAACAACCUUUGAUGCGAUGGAAAGUCCGGAACGGCGUAGAAUGAUCGGUGGGCCGGAUAGGGCACCGGAACAGCCUCAAGUGGCAGGCCCGGUCUUCGAUAUUAGUGUUGGAGACCCGCACAAAGUUGGAGAUUUGACCAGCGCGCAUACAGUUUAUCAAGUUAGGACUAAGACUACGUCGAAAGCCUAUAGAAACAGCGAGUUUACAGUUUCUCGUGUCGUGGUUCCACCGCCACCAGAGAAACAGGCUGUAGGGAGAUUUGAUGAUAAUUUUGUCGAAUCUCGAAGGUCAGCUCUGGAGCGCAUGCUAAACAAAACUGCAGUUCAUCCGAUUUUACAGAAUGAUCCAGACUUGAAAUUAUUCUUGGAGUCCGAAGCACUGAAUGGAGAUAUCAAGCAUAAAGAGAAACAAGCACCACCGAUUGGAGAAAGCAAGGGUAUGUUUAGCUCUCUAGGCUUUACUGUGGCUGGAAAAUUUGUGGAAACCGAUGAAUGGUUCCAUGACCGCAAGAACUAUCUCGAUGCGUUGGAAAUCCAACUCAAGUCUCUUCUCAAAGCUGUUGACACGGUCAUCAAACAACGAAAAGAUCUCGCAGAAGCCGCCAGUGACUUUUCUUCAUCCUUGCACGCCCUAUCCACUGUAGAGCUUUCAAAAUCCCUCUCCUCUCCUCUCGAAGCCCUCUCAGACCUUCAGAUUCGAAUCAAAGAACUUCAUGAGCGGCAAGCGCAGCAGGAUGUUCUCACGUUAGGGAUCACAGUUGAUGAGUAUAUCAGGCUCAUUGGCUCUAUCAAGCUCGCAUUCCAACAGCGACAAAAGGCUUACCAUUCUUAUCACGCAGCAGAUAGCGAGCUGAACAAGAGGAAGAGUACUUUUGAAAAGUUGCAGAGACAGGGGAAAACGCAGCAGGAUAGACUCAAUCAGAUGUCCGCGGAGGUAGUGGAUAGCGAGAGGAAGGUGCAUCAAGCCAAGUUGUUGUUUGACGAUAUGGGGCGGUUGAUGAGAACAGAGUUGGAUAGAUUUGAGAGGGAGAAGGUUGAAGAUUUCAAAAGUGCUGUUGAGACAUUUCUGGAAAGUGCCGUUGAAGCACAAAAGGAGCUUAUUGAGUUGUGGGAGACCUAUUUGUUACAGCUGGACCGGGAAGAGGAAGAGGAAACAGGAUUCAGGUCUAUUAAUGAGCCCACUUCGGCUUAG